CUGCAUGCUUGUUUGGUGGAAAAAAAGCAUAAAAAAGCUGCAAUUGAAAGUGGAGAAAUUACAAGUUUUCUGAAAGUGUUUUCAAGUUAUUUGGACUAACAAGUUUUUUUAUACGCAGUGUAACCAUUUUAAUUCAGCAUUUUAGAGUCAUUCAACCGUAGAAAGUGUUUAUUUGAUAUUAUUAUAUAAUUGUGAAAUCGAAAUUGUGUGAGCAACGAUUAUAAUUUAAACGGAAAAAGUGUCAAGAAAUUGCAGAUAUUUUUAUUUAAAACUUUAUUUUAUAAUUUCGGUAUUGCUAAGAAAAUGUCCAGUUAUCGCCCACGAAGAACACGCAUUUAUGGCGCCAACUACGAUAUCGGUGAAAGCUCGUAUAAAAAAUUGUUGGAAAGUUUAGACAAUAAAAGAGGAGUCGGCAGGAGCUUAGACUCUCAUGUUCCUUUGGCUCGUGAAACCAGCUUGCCCCCAAAAGUGACCUUUUUGCAAGAUGAGGACGAUUUUGAUCGCGAGAAAUAUAGAGCCUCACUAAGAGCCAAACUGCAACUGGACGAUGAUGAUGCCGAUGCUUUUGGCUCCACACUCAAACAAUCUAAGUUGAGACUUGCAGAGAGAAGUAGAUAUCUGGAUAAUGAAGAUGAGGACGUUUUGGGCUCUACCUUCAAGCCGUUGAAAUUCAGAGGCUUAGAUGAAUCAUCGGCUGCUGUAGAAUCUUCAUUGAAAUCAUCAUUGAAAUAUAGAGCUUCAGCAGAGCCAUUCGAAUCGUCUUUGAAAUCAUUGAAAUUGAAUGGCACAGAUGAGUCAGGGUUCGGUGAAAGCAUAAGACAAAGAGCAAUAAAAGCCGGCAAAGCGAGGUCCAUCUUAGAUGACUUAGAUGAUCAGGAGGCCAGCACCUUUUCAUCGAGACGUAUUAAGAUCAGAAGUGAGAACGUCAUAAUGGGUGAUACUAGUACCACAACCGAAGCUUCCUCACGCAUGAAAGCUACUAAAGCUCGCCUCGCUGAUCUCGAAUCGGAAAUGUCGUCGAUUAGUGAAAAACAAAGUGAACGGGAAAAGCGUAAACAUAAUUUAAGAAAAUUAUUGAAUGAAAGCGAAUCUGAUACCUUUAAGGCCAUAGAAAUGUAAUUGUUGUAAUGUUGUGCUAUACGAAUACGUACUAAAAGAAAAAAGAAUUGUGGAAAAUAAAGUGUUUAAGUAAAUGUUAAAGUGAGAUCUAUAACGAAAAGAAAAC